AUGGCUUUGGAUUAUACUGGUUAUCAAUUUGUAGAGAUUAUUCAUACUCCCACAAUAAUCGACACCAUACAAGUCUGCCUAGUCAACACUGGCAGAGGAAUCCCUUUCAUUUCUACGUUGGAACUACGACCUCCUACCAAUUCUAUUUAUCUAACCCCAUCUCCUUCUCAAUCACCACUACUCGUUGAUUCGAGAGUCGAUGUUGGUUCCACUGAGUUUAUUUCAGGCCAUUUUACAAGGUUUAAGGACGACGUUUAUGAUCGUGUGUGGCGUGUGGAUGAUGCUUUUGAAGACAAAGGUUGGAAAAACUUCAAUACGUCGAAAUACAUUGAUGUUGGAAACAUAAACGAUUCUUACAAAUUACCAAUAGAAGUGCUCAUGUCUGUGACCGCAUCAUUGAAUCUCUCCUUUGCUCUGAGCCUUGACUAUGACUCUAUCUGGAUGACACCACCUGAAAAGUCUUUCAGAUAUUAUGUCUACUUUCACUUUGUUGAAAUUGAGGAGCCACCCGCUGGACCAAAGAGAGCAAUUGAUAUUACUGUUAAUGGUGAAAGUAUCAACACAGAGCCGAUAACUCUUGAAUACUUAAAGCCGGUGACAGUUAUUAACGUUACAGAUCAAGAUUGUCUUGUUUCAGCAUAA